AUGAGAGAAGGUGCGAAAAUUGCGACGCCGUCGAAAAUUUGCAAAGUCCAAGCCGGCGAUCGACUCGCAAUUCCAGAAGGCGGCGAGAUUGUCUAUCAUAAAAGCCUCGAAAAUGGACAAAUGCUCAUGAAAAUUGAAUAUUCGCGAGAUUUUAUGCUCAAAGUCGCCGCGUCGCCAUUAUCGCAUCAUCGGCCGUCGGGAUUCGUCGAAAUCACGAAAUCGUCGCCGGAAAUUGUUGGAAACGUGAGAAUUGGCCAACAAGAGCGACGCGACAACGAUGAAGCGCCGCCGCCGACGCCGAUCAUCUCGACACCGCGGCGAGGUCCCAUCACUCCGGCCGAUCCAUCGCUGCUCCAGCUCCAUCUGAAGCAUGAAAUCGCCAACAUGAACUGUCCGAAUGGUCCGUUGAGCCCGUCCGGAUCAAAAGGGAUGAAGCGCGAUAAGAAGGACGAGGAGGCGAGCGGGAAUGUGUAUGCUCACCUCGACAAGACGUCAGUGCUCCAGGAUGCUCGCGCAUUCAACGAAACGCCGAUCAACGCGAGAAAGUGCAGUCUGAUUCUGACAAAACUCAUUUAUAUCAUACAACAGGGUGAGCAAAUCGGUCGGACUGAAGCGACUGAAGCGUUCUUCGCGGUGACGAAGCUGUGGCAAAGCAAGGAUGCGAAUUUGCGACGACUCGUCUACAUCGUGGUGAAGGAGCUGUCGAACAUCUCCGACGACGUGAUCAUCGUGACGAGCAGUCUGACGAAGGACAUGACCGGAAGAGAGGACGUCUACCGGCCGGCGUCGAUUCGCGCGCUCUGCCGCAUCACCGACAUCGGAAUGCUGCAGACGAUCGAGCGCUACAUGAAGCAGGCGAUCGUCGACAGGAAUGGCGCCGUCGCGUCGGCGGCGAUCGUCUCGUCGACGCAUCUGAUGCGCAAAUCGGCCGAAGUGGUCCGUCGCUGGGCGAACGAGGUCCAAGAAGCCGUCUCCUCCGACAACCUUAUGGUGCAGUACCACGCGCUCGGCCUCUUGUACCAUAUCCGUUCGAACGACCGGCUCGCCGUCAACAAGCUCGUCCACAAGUUCAGCAAGAACGCGCUCCGAAGCCCGUAUGCGGUGUGCUAUUUGAUCCGCAUCGCGACGAGAUGCCUCGUCGACGACGACACUCCCGAUUCGUCCAUGUUCACCUUCAUCGAAUCGUGCCUUCGUCACAAGAGCGAGAUGGUCGUUUAUGAGGCCGCUAGUGCGAUUGUCACUCUUCCGCAUACGACACCAAGCGAACUUCAACCGGCCAUUUCGGUACUCCAACUAUUCUGCUCGUCUCCAAAAGCGGCACUUCGUUUCGCCGCUGUUCGAACGUUGAACAAGGUUGCGAUGAGUCAUCCGAACGCCGUGAUGAGCUGCAAUGUGGAUCUCGAGAAGCUGAUCACCGACUCGAAUCGAUCCAUCGCCACCCUCGCCAUCACGACCCUUCUCAAGACCGGCGCCGAAUCGAGCGUCGAGCGUCUCAUGCAGCAGAUCAGCGGAUUCGUGAACGAGAUCUCCGACGAGUUCAAGAUUGUCGUCGUCGACGCGAUCCGCUCGCUGUGCCAUCGGUAUCCGCGCAAACACGCGGUCAUGAUGCCGUUCUUGGCGAAAAUGCUCCGCAACGACGGCAGCUAUGAAUAUAAGAAGGCGAUCGUCGAGACGAUCAUCGCGAUCAUCGAAGAGAACGCCGAGGCGAAGACGGCGGGUCUCGCGCACCUGUGCGAAUUCAUCGAGGACUGCGAGCACGACAAUCUGUCGACACGCGUGCUCCAUUUGUUGGGACGCGAGGCGCCGAAGACGGCCAAUCCGAGCACCUACAUUCGAUUCAUCUACAACCGCGUCAUUCUCGAGAGCACCAAAGUGCGCGCCGCGGCUGUCACCGCGCUCGCCAAAUUUGGAGCACAAUGCGUCGAUUUGCGCAAUUCGAUUAUGGUCCUUCUAAGGCGAUGUCUUUUGGAUUCUGAUGAUGAGGUUCGAGAUCGCGCGACAUUCUACUUGAAGAUGCUGACCGACGGCGAUGAGAAGCUCAUUCACAAUUUCAUUCUCAACGGACUUCAGGUGUCUCCUUCUGGCCUCGAACGCACGAUUCUCGAUUAUUUGCGUGCCGGCGACUACUCGCUGCCGUUCGACGUUCGUGUGGUGCCCGUCUCGACGCAGGCCCUCUCGCAACCCGACCAACGUCAGCCGGUGCUCGCCGAGCCCGACGAGAAGCCGAAACCGGCCAAGGUCGAGCCAUAUGCGGCCCAGUUCGCAGCUUCUCCUCAAUUCGCCCCUCUCGGACCCGUGUUCAAGUCGUCGGUUCGGAUUGCGUUGACCGAAUCGAUUGCCGAAUACACUGUGCACCUCAUCAAGCACGUCUUCGCCAAUGCCAUCGUUUUGCAGUUUGAAUGCAAGAAUACGAUGAAUGAUCAGCUGCUUCUCGACGUCUCCGUUGGUCUCGACGACCCCGAAAACGAUUGGGAGCCGAAGGAGGUGAUGAAGAUUGAUCGAUUGCCGUAUGGCGAGGUGAAAUCCGUCUACAUCAUCAUGGAUUUCCCGGAUUCUGGCGCAAUCUCGGGCUCGAUUCAGGCGAUGCUCAAAUUCGCCGUCAUGGAUGUCGAUCCGACGACGGGAGAGCCCGAUUCUGAUGACACUUAUGAUCAGAAUUAUGUGCUGGAAGAAUUCGACAUCAAUGUGUCGGACUCGAUUCAGGGCAUCGCGAAAACGGCGUUCGCCGCCGGUUGGGAGGCGAUCGGCGACGAAUCGACGAGGGAAGAGACAUUCCAGCUGUCGACGGUCGACAACAUCCCCGAAGCGGUCAAGAAGAUCUCCGAGAUUCUCGGCUUGGUGCCUUGCGAGAGGUCCGAUCGGGUCCCGGACGGAAAAACUCAGCAUACUGUAUUAUUUUCGGGAAUAUUCCGCGGCGGAUUUGAGGUUCUCGCGAAAGCCACGAUUGCAAUCGAUCCAAGCGAUAACUCGAUUAAUAUGAAUAUUGUGAUUCGAUCAACUGAACCCGUCGUCGCCGAUCUUGUCAUUUCGGCUGUUGUAUAA